GUGGGCUCCCUGCCCCAGCGGCACGGCCUCACCCGCUGCACCGGGGCCUGGCGGGCUGCGGGUACCGGGUACCGGCUCUGCGCGAGGGACCCGCCUACCCGCAGCUGAUUGGCUGCCUCCUGACAACGCCUCACCUGAUUGGCCUGGCGCCGCCGCGCGGUGCUUUGUGGGAGUUGUAGUUCGCUCCUCUCCCCGGGGCGGGGCUCUGCGCUCGGCCACUACGCUUCCCGUCAAGCCUUGCGGCUGCCAGGGCGGGGUUUUCUCAUCCGGGUCUUUUGGCGACUCGCCCAAUCGGCGCGCGUUGUGGGCGUGGCCUCGGAUUUGAUUGGUCGGUUCGGACCGAGGAGCUGCGUUUGAAAUCCGUUAACGGCGGCGGGCGGAGGGGCCGCGCGAGGCGGCGGCGCUGAGGAGAGGAGCUGUGCAGGGCAAGAUGUCCCACCCCGAAUCUCGCUAUUCCUUUGACGUCCCAAACCCUUGCAUCAACUUUGCCACUCUGAGUGAUGAUGAUGUGCACAAUGCAGAUUCCUGGUUUGACCAGAAAGCCAAUCUGGAGAAUGUGUCUCCUGCAGAAAACCUGGGGAAGGUCUCACAGAACAGCCCUGCUUUUUCCAAGCCUGACAUUAUCCUGUCUUCUGUCACAUCACAAGAAGUAACCAUGACUGCAAGCCAUGGGGAAGAGGAGGGUGAAGCAGAGUGUGUGCAGACCACUGUGGUUCCUCCCAACAUUGUUGGAUCCCUGAUGAGCUGGAGAGCUGCUGCUCCUGGAGAUGCCUCUCAAAGAGCUGGCAGAAGGCAGGCUGCAAAGCAGAGAAAACCACAGCAGAACAAGCAGCCAGCUAGAGUCAAAGUGGAGAGAAAUGCUGAUGCCUUGGUUAAUAAAGAAGAGGCUCCACCCCUGAAAAAAAUGAGAAUUUCUGGCAGCAGGGAGAAGGUGACAGAGGUAACCACCAAGAGAGAGCCCCUGCAGAAUGCCAACUGCUCCCCAGGGAGAGGGAAGAGCAAGCUGACCAUGCCCUCCACACCAACGAUGUUGAAGAGGACCAAUCCUUCUGGCAAGCUGAAGAGCACAGAGGAGCAGGAGCUGGAAAAGAUGCAGCAGCUGCAGCGGGAGGUUAUGGAGAUGAGGAAGAAGAAUGAAGAGUCCCUGAAAGCAGCAAUUGCAGGAGCAGGACAACUUGUGAAGAGAGCUGCUGGUCAAGUCACAAAGCCAGUUGACUUCCACUUCUGCACAGAGAAUAGAAUUAAACAACACGUGGAAAGCCAGCCUGGGAAUGAGUACAAGGAGCUGGAUUUUGCAGCAGCUCUGAGGAAACAUCCUCCCUCCCCGGGACGAAUGCCAAAGGGACCCACUGUCCCCAAACCUUUCAAUCUGUCCCAAGGAAACAAAAGAAAACUGGAGGAGACCCCCUCAGAAUACGUGUCCCUUGCUGAGCAGGUGGAAGCCUUUCAGAAAAGGACACCUUCUCGUUACCAUCUGAGGAGCAGGAAGUCUGAGGAAGGCUCAGGUGCAGGGAAGGUGGUGAAGGCUCGGCUGACACACCCCAAGACCCCCCUGCUGCUGACAAAGCAGCGUUUCAGACCUGUCACCUGCAAAACUGCAGCAGAGCUGGAAGCAGAGGAAAUAGAGAGACUUCAGCAGUACAAGUUCAAAGCACGAGAACUCAAUCACAAAAUCUUUGAGGGAGGACCACUCCUGCCCAAAAAACCCCUUGUGAAGGAACUCACUCAACCUAUUGGCUUCGAGUUGGAAAUAGAAAAAAGGAUUCAGGAGAGAGAGAGUAAGAAGCAGCAGGAGGAAGAGCACUUUGAAUUCCAUUCCAGGCCAUGUCCAACAAAAAUCCUGGAAGAAGUUGUGGGUGUUCCAGAGAAGAAAGCUCUUCCUGUUACAGUCCCCAAGUCCCCAGCCUUCACCCUGAAAAGCAGAACCCGAAUGCCUGGCAGAGGUGAAGAAAAGGAAAAGGAGGUGGUCCCUGUGAUCAAAGCUAACCCCAUGCCACAUUAUGGAGUGCCCUUCAAACCCAAAAUGCCAGAGCAGAGGCACGUGGAGGUUUGCCCCUUCUCUUUCGAUGCCCGUGACAGAGAGAGACAAAUACAGAAAGAGAAGAAAAUAGAAGAAUUGCAGAAGGAAGAGGUGCCCAAGUUCAAAGCGUUGCCUCUGCCUUACUUUGACCACAUCAACCUGCCAGAAAAAAAGGUGAAAACCCCAACCCAGCCUGAACCCUUCAUCCUGCAGGUUGAUGAGCGGGGAGCUGCCAAGAUGCAGAGCUGGAAACAGCAGCUUAAAGAAGACUUGAAGAGGCAGAAAGAGGCAGCAUGUUUUAAAGCUCGUCCCAACACCGUGGUGUACCAGGAGCCUUUUGUGCCUAAAAAGGAAAAUAAGCUGCUAUCAGAGAGCCUUUCUGGUUCCAUAGUUCCUGAAAGCUUUGAGCUGGCAACAGAAAAAAGAGCUAAAGAGCGGCAAGAGUUUGAGAAACACUUGGCAGAUUUAGAAGCCAGGAGGGAGAAGCUCCAGGAGGUGGUCAGACAGGAGGAAGAAGAGCGUGAAAAGGAAGAACUUGCCAAGCUAAGGCAAGAACUGGUUCACAAGGCGAACCCAAUACGCAAAUACCGCAGUGUAGAGGUGAAGCCCAGUGACCAGCCCCUGACCAUGCCAAGAUCUCCCAACUUCUCAGAUAGAUUCCGGUGCUGAUAGCCAUCCCCAUGGUGGCAGGAAGGGAGAUCCUGUCCCUCUCCACUCCUUUGGUAGAGAGGGAACAGUUGUUUUUAUGUGACUGCUCAGUCUCAGUUCCUACACUUAGCUCCAUUAUUGUUCUCUUGAGUAGUUACCCCCACCUGAGGCAGGUGGCUGAGGCAGGGCACAGGGGUGGUGCCACCCCUUCUCCAUGGCCUCACUUCAGCUCAGCCUCUGGUUCUCAGAAGGCUAAACCAGGUUUUGAUAUUGUAUACAAACAUUGUGUACCUGAACUAAAUAAAAAUUCCUAAUCUGAUUGCUGUCUCUUGCUGGUAGGCUGAGU